UUGUUGCACGACGAAAACGAAUUUAUAAUAUAUCUAUGAUAAAUGAUUGCACGAACAACUCAGUGGAAAGUACAAAUAAUAUCUCUAAAAGCGGAUUACGAAAGGAUAGAUUCGUGUUUACGAGACGAAGAAAUGGAACUGCAAUGUCCAUGCCAAUAGAGAAUCCAUACGCUGAUGAUACAAAUCGAAAUCCUUUGGAUAUAGAUGUAGCUGAAAGUGUAUCUUCUGAUGUUACUAUCAAUAGCUUUGCAGAUGAUGAUCACUCAAAUGCAAAUGUUAUUAAUGUGGAAGAUAGUUCAGAUAGCAUUGUAGAACAGACCAUCAGUUUCAGUAACAUGGAAACUGAUCAGCUGCAAACAUCUGUGGUGAACACCACUAAAGAGUGUAAUACUCAAAUCUCCGAAGCAGAUGACAAAAUUGAUACAUUCUUGGUACCCAGACGAUUUAAAAUUAAGCCUGGAAAAUCCUGGCGACGAUCUAUGGCUUUCUUAAAAAGGUCUACGAUGGCUGUCGAUUUGAGUUCAAACAUUUCAAAUGAAAAUGUCCUGGGAUCGUUCAGCUUACGCAAACAACUGCUGGACGUGUCUGUUUGCAGACAAUCUGUUAUCAAGUUCAUCCCGAAAACAACAAGGACCAGCGACAGUGCAGAAAGCUUUCAAAACGAUGGUUAUGUACCUAACAACAAAACCACCAACGCCAGCGUCGUUCAUCCACCAUUGGCGAAUUCCAAACCGUUCACCGAGGAGACAGCUUUGGAUCAACUUCUGCAACUGUCGGUGAGGCACAGCAAGAGAUUUUCGCUACAUCCUCGAUUGGAGUUUAUCAGCGCCAGGGAUUUGGUCUUGAGAAGAUGCGAGCAGACUCAGCCUAUUCCGUUCGCGGAAUGUUUUCCGGACAGUCUACUGAAGAACUGCCACAAAAUUGGAGAGGGUGUUUAUGGGGAGGUGUUCCUCUACAGAAACAACAAGGCAGGGACAUCUGUUAUGAAAGUCAUCCCCAUACAAGGAGACCAGAUAGUUAAUGGGGAGAGACAGAAGAAAUUUGAGGAAAUUAUAUCUGAAAUUGUCAUUGCCCAAGAGUUGAGUGAUUUGAGGAACAGUAAGAAGAACUCAACAUCAUGUUUCAAUGAGGUAUACAAAAUACAUUGCGUGAAAGGCAAAUAUCCGGUGAAGCUUUUGGACCUUUGGGAUUUGUAUGAGGAGAGCAGAGGUUCAGAUAAUGAUUGCCCCGAUAUUUUUGGCGAGGAUCAGCUCUAUAUCAUCCUGGAGCUAGCCAAUGGAGGGCAGGAUCUUGAGUCAUUCGUCUUUAAGAACGCACAGCAUGCGUUUUCUGUAUUCAAGCAGAUCGCGUUUUCCUUGGCUGUCGCGGAAUCAUCUCUACAGUUCGAGCAUCGAGAUUUGCAUUGGGGAAACGUAUUGAUUUCCAACACGCGCCAUCCGAAAGGAACGAUUUUCUUCAACUUGAACGGAAGACAGGUUGCUGUGCGUAGCUACAACAUUCAAGCAUCAAUUAUAGAUUUUACUCUAUCGAGGAUUACCAAUGACGAUAUUUGCAUCUUCAACGAUCUGAGCCAAGAUCCAGACUUGUUUAACGCCGAAGGAGAUUAUCAAUUCGAGAUUUACCGGUUGAUGCAAAAGUGCAACGGUAACGAUUGGCAACAGUACAAACCAUACACAAAUGUAUUAUGGAUGCAUUACAUCCUGGACAAGAUGAUCCACAUGGUCAGGUAUAAAUCUCCAACUGACAAGGUCCAUCAAGAGAACAUUGAAAGAAUGCAGGACUUGAAGGACGAGCUAUUUGAAUUUAAGAGUGCAGAGGAAUUUGUCAUUAAAAAUUUAAUGUAAUUUUUAAUAAUAUUCGUUUUAUCUUAAUCCCUGUUGUCUUGUAAAUUUUGUUUCAUUUAAGCGACAUAGCUAUUUUAAUCGUACCAAAAGGAGUGACAUUUUCAUGUAGUUUAUUGUUGAUUUGUAACAUAACGAAUUGUUGUAUUGAAAAUUUGGUACAUAUUUAUGUGCUUUUAUAAUAGGAUAGUUUUUAUGUUGGAUCGGCACAAUUUGAAACGGUUUUAGUGCCUUUACUUACAUAUUUA